CUUAGCGUCGGCUACACAUCACAGCACUCGCUUGCUAAUCCAGUAUCAGUGAACUCAUUCAACGUCGAAGUAAUGGCAAUCAUUCAAUAUGUUUUAUUUUUAUGCCUCGCGGGAGUUUUUGCCACAUCAAAUCAAGGGUCAACAGACACCACGGAUACAUACCCCUUCUCCAAAAUUGGCAAACAAUAUUACUUAGUAAACACCGGCGUGAAGAUGAACUGGUUUGAGGCUGCGCUCGUUUGUCGUACGUAUGACAGCGAUUUGGUUACAAUCGAAACAGCUGACGAAAUGAAUGCUUUAUCAUUUUAUUUAAUAACAAAUGGCCAUGGUGACAAAUAUUUUUGGACUAGUGGCAGUGAUUUAGGCGUCGAGGGUAAAUUCAUGUCGCUUAGCAACGGCCGCCCAAUGACCUAUGCAAAAUGGUCGGGUGGGCAGCCCGAUAAUGCGGGCAACAAUGAGGAUUGCGUACACAUCUGGAAUAUUAAUAAUAUAUUUCACAUGAACGAUUAUCCCUGCACCGGACAGGGUUAUCCCAUUUGUGAGAUGCGCAGGCCGUCAAAGAGUUUCGGAGAAGAAAAUUGUUCAGCUGGUAUUCCGAAAUGUGCAAUUGACAAAUUCUUGCAAAAGUAUUUGCAAACCGCAGAUAUGUUUAACUGUACAUAACUGAAGUAUGAAGUUGUUUAAAAAUAAAUGUCAAUGUAUUAAAUUUAUAUAAACUUAAAUAAAAUUAAAAUUUGUAUUAAGUUGCAUUAUAUAAAAAUGUAUAUUUUCGCUAUGCUCUAAAAGUCUUAGUAAAAAAGUAAAUACACUGGGUAUUUGUAUGUGAUA